UUAAAAAAAAUAAAUAAACAAAUAAAAAUAUGAACACGUGCAUCUAACUCAAUAACUCGUCUCUUUUAUGAAAAACAGUGCCAAAGUCAAAGGAAAAUUUAAUACUUCUCUAUAAUAACGCAUUCUAUCGGAGAUUAUUAUUUAUUCAAUACAAAUUUGCCCAGCUCGUAAAGUUUCCGAUGUAUUCUAUUCUAUUUUGUUGGACUUUUUAAAAUAACAAAGCCGUGAAUUAAAAUUCAAUCAAAGCACAAUGUAUACGAAAAUAUUUUACGAAUUCUUAGUGGAAAAGUACUACUGGACCCUCGAAAAAACUAUUGGAAAACCAUUUGAGUCCAUUACUGUUCACUAUUAGUUCUAAUAAUUUUUUAUACAAUUUUACAAAAAGCCUUCUCGGCGUGUGGAUUUUUAUCGAGAAUUAAAAAGAAAUUACUCAAGACAUUAUUAAGAACAGGAUCAUCAAACUAUAUUUUUUAGACUGCCGCGUACGGCAAAGAUUACGCAAUUCUGCGGUGGAGAAAAAAUAGUUAACGGCGGUGUAUAAACAGGUGGAAUAUUUUGAUCCCCCUGGAUUGAGCAAUUUUCGCAGCGUGCAAGCGCGGCGUCGUGACCGAGCGACGUGCACACCUCUCGGCCUCGUUAAAACCGCGCACCUCAGUUUCGCAGAGUCCGCCGGCGCGUUCGCAUCCUUCCGCUCGGAAGAAGCUCGACGCUGGUACCUCGUCCCGCCGAGGUGUUCUCACCCUCUCCUUCAUUCCUUUCCUUCUGACGCGCGAGCAAACACCGUAACGAUCCUGAGGAACUGUCGCGACAGCCCGUAUCCGGAUUUGCGGAAAGUGUGCGGAGAAAACAUGACGAGCACGGAGAGAAAUGCGGUUUGAAAACUUUGUGAAGUCGCGCGAACUUUGCAUCGCGGAAACGCAAUCUUCGAUUUUUCACUUGGCUGAGGUUUGCGUGCAAAUACAGUCGUCGACGAUUUUUUCUUUGACAAAUAGAAGGCGCACCGAUAGAAACUGAUUACAAUCAUGUUCCGAAGAGCGGAAUGCGUUAUCCCUGCUUCAAAGAAAUUCUACGCCAGAGUCGUAUAUUAACGCAGUCACUGUCUGUGAAGAGGAACACGGGAGUCGCGAACAUUUAAGCGCAUACCGGUCAGCUUUGAAAACACCGACAUCUCCGCGCAGUGUGCUCUGUAUCCGCGCUCAGAUUUGUAUUUAUGCGAUUCGUGUGACGGCGAGUGACUUAUUCGACUGAAACCCGUCACGCGGCGCAAUAUCCGUUCGCAUUAAAUUCGCCGAUGUGAUCGAUGAUCGGACGAGCAAGUUUAUCCGCCGGUCGACGAAUCCGCGAUGCUGCGACUGAAAGCGGAUCGCAAUUAAACCGUUUGCACAGCGCGUAACUAAGGGCGAUAAUUUCGCGGCUGAGGAAGUGUUACUCUCCUGGGGACGCAAUAAGAUCGAGACAUGAAACUCGCUGUGCCGAUGAUCGUCGCUUGGUUGGCGACGACGUCGCGUUCGUGCGACGCGCUCGACACGGCCGAUUAUUACUCGUUCGCGGAUAACGACGAGAGUAAUUUCGAGUACGCCAAUAUCACGAAUUGCACGAAUGACUACUGCAUCCCGGACGAGGACUACAUCGACCUGAUGGUGCAGCAUAUAUUCCCGAAAUUCUCCGACUGGGUGCUGAUCGCCAUGCACAGCUUCGUCUUCGUGGUCGGCCUGGUUGGCAACGCGCUCGUCUGCAUGGCCGUCUAUCGCAAUCACACGAUGCGCACCGUGACUAAUUAUUUCAUCGUCAACUUGGCGGUGGCCGAUCUCCUCGUCCUGCUGAUCUGCCUGCCACCGUCGGUUCUGUGGGACGUCACGGAGACCUGGUUCCUCGGAUUAAAACUUUGUAAGGCCGUGCCGUAUCUCCAGACAGUGUCGGUGAGUAUCAGUGUUUUGACGCUGACUUUCAUAUCGAUCGACCGAUGGUACGCUAUAUGCUUCCCAUUGAGAUUCAAGUCGACGACAGCCCGAGCGAAAACCGCCAUCAUCAUGAUCUGGAUGAUAUCACUGCUUUUUGACAUUCCAGAAUUACUGGUGUUGCAUACGGUGCCGUCGAACAGUAGGGUGCAGACUGUAUUAUUCACGCAGUGUGUCUGCUCGUGGAGCCAAGAGAGCCAAACUAUCUUUACGAUUGUCAAGCUGAUCUUUUUGUACACGAUGCCGUUGCUUUUCAUGAGCGUGGCGUACUGGCAGAUUGUGCGCGUUCUUUGGAAAAGCGAUAUACCCGGGCACAAUUUGUCUACCAGAGUCUCUAAUUCAACUCAGGUCCCGCUGUCUGGGGGUGGAAACCCGGAGGGUCAACUGAGAUCUCGAAGGAAAGCAGCGAAGAUGUUAGUCGCCGUAGUCAUUACAUUCGCGAUAUGUUUCUUUCCGGUGCAUUUGCUUUCUAUCCUAAGAUGUACCGUAGCGUUACCCUCGAAUCAAUGGACGAUCGCCAUUAGUCUAAUCGCCCAUUGGCUUUGUUAUUUCAACAGCGCGGUGAAUCCCGUCAUCUAUAAUUUUAUGAGUGGGAAGUUUCGCAAGGAGUUCAAGCGCACCUUCCGGUGUUCUCACAAGAGCGGUGCCUGCGCCCAAAAACGUGGAUACGUCCCGGGUAUCACGGAUCCGCUUAAACAGAGAUCUCAGAAUUAUAAAAGGUCAAUUCACACGACGUCCAACAACAAUAACGUUCCGCAGAGCACCGAGGUCAUACCCCUCAGUGCCAUAAUCAAUGUACCACUGAACGAGAAAGAAGAGUGAAGACCUUGUAUCUAAAUCCUCCACCGUAUGCUCUCUUCCACCAAUUCUCUUCGACAAAUGUGGAAUCCAGCUUCUCUUAAAAAGAAUGUCUCGGCAGUCUAUAGGUUUCCAAUAAUUAACAAUUAAAAGUGAUUAAUUCUUAACGAAAUAAGACCAAGAGAAAACGAGCCGUUAAAAAUUGUGUAUGGAAAGAAUUGAUAAGUGACUCUUUGUUAUCUUCGGAAAAAAAAGUUAGUCUCUAAAUCCAUCGAAGAAAACUAAUUAAAAGAACAUUUUAGUCUUGGCAAGGCAUGCUUUGUAUACAGCGGAUAAAAUAUAUUCUUUAAAGUCAGUAGCUUAGUAUAUUCGUAGAUGUAAUAGAGUUGUUCCUAUAUGUAUAAUGUUAAAUAAGUAAACCUCGCUCAGGAAACUUUUUUCAAAGUUUCGCCGAGUCGAGAUGAACUGAGACAUAUAGUAUGUUAAUGUGUAAAUAGGCAACUGUAAUGUACACACGAGUCCGUGCGAUAUCGUUGAAAGAUUUGCUGCUUUAAACAUUUUACUUUAUUAUACUGUAGAUAUAGAUGUAGAUAACAAUGUACAAUCACAGAUCAAUAACUGAAAGUGAAGACCUAAAAAGACGCACAAUAAAAUUUCAAAGAAAUAAACGCAAGUAUGUGAAUAUAAAGCGUUUAUAUUCUAACUAUUCCGGCACUUAAAGCAUAUUCAGUUAUGCUCCUUUUUCAUGUCACUUGCAGUAUUUUUUUUUUUCCUAUAAUACAUUCGAUAUAUCAAUGAAAAUAUAUCUACAAAGUUUAAUAAAGUGUAUGUAAUCCCUCCUAAACGUUUAAAGCUUAAAGUCAUAUAAAGUUAUUACUAAUAGUAUUAGUUUUUAUAAACUGUACAAUAUGCUACAGCGAAUGUGACGUUUUUUUGCUCGCUUCGUUUCCACUUAGAUUUAUAUUUUUAUUAUUGCGCAGAAGUGUUCACCAUGUAUAAAUUUCUAUCGAAAGUUUUCACACAUUUUUCUCCAUAGAAUAUCGUUUAAGGCUUUGCCGUAAUAAUACUCUUAGGUAUAAUAAUUAAUCAUGGCGAAUUAGAAGCAAAAUUAAUUGAACGUUUCGCCUCAAUGCGCUCUCUCGCUGUUUUCAGUAUAGUCACAAAAUAUUAUUUUACUUCAUUGAUUAAACACUCUAGUAUAUUUGAGUUAGAUUUUAAAUGCAUGCUUAAUAUAUAUCGCAAAA